UCCCUGCUGCCGUAGAAGACGAUGGGCUGUUGACAAGGGAAGAAGCCCUUUGGCUAACUCGAGCUAGCAAAGUAACGCUAUUUGGUUAGAUUUUGUUUUUUAACACCUGGACGUGUAAAUUUGUGGUUGUAUUUUGUUUACACUAUCAUAGAAAAUGAUCCUUACCGUGAAACCGCUACAAGGAAAAGAAUGCAGUGUACAGGUGACUGAAGAUGAAAAGGUAUCCAAAGUAAAGGAACUUGUGUCUGAACGUCUCAACAUACCAGCAAACCAGCAGCGGUUGCUUUAUAAAGGAAAAGCACUUGCAGAUGAACACAGAUUGAGUGAUUACUCCAUUGGGCCAGAGGCUAAAUUGAAUCUGGUAAUCCGUCCCUUGGGAGAGAGGACUGGAGCAUCAGGAAUGGCUGCCAGCAGCAGCAGCAGCAGUAGUGGCUCACAGGGACGAGUGUGGCAGACUGUGUCAACUAUCCUUGCAAGACAUUUUAGUCCAGCUGAUGCAGCAAAGGUCCAUGAACAGCUUAUUAAGGAUUAUGAACGAUCACUUCGGCAGCUUAGUCUCGAUGACAUUGAGCGCUUGGCAGGAAGGCUGCUUCACCCUGACGGCGAGGGCAUGGACACCUCUUACAUGGACUAAAAAUUAUUUAUUGUGAUUGUUUUUUGAGCAGUGCUCUGUGCUUGGGGAUGCAUACAGUGUUUAGAGUGUGGGGCAUGGAAAAAUACACUGAGUUUUCUUGCAGAGGGCCCCAUCUGUGUGCCUGAUCAGUGGCUGAGUGCACACAGAUAGCACUGACUGUUGAUUAUCUCAGCAAUAGGGCCUUCUUAUUCAGGACCAAAGGACUUGGAUAAGGAGACAUGGCCACUUCUAUAGGUCCCUGUCAUCGAUGAAGCAGUCACUGACUCAUGACCUGAUCAACAUAAAAGGAGUCCAUUUGUGCUGUUGGUUUUUGCAGGCUGCUACAACUCCCAGUUGAUACUAACAUCUACUGUAAAGUAUUUGUUAGUAUGGUGACUUGUUUCUAUGAAUCAUUGUGAGGAGGUGAUACAUGUUUUAUUCUUUGACUGAUUUUCAUUGUAUGAUUUGUAAAUAUGUUUAUAUAUACAAACAUUAAAACAGUAAAAAAGA